AAGCGCCAUUUCAGUGUUUGCUGAGUGAGCAGUCGUUAAUUGACGACAGCUGCAACUUCAGCUUGACUCAGAUAUGUUUGUAUGGUCAGUGGCUCAAUAGUUUGAAUUUGAACUUUUGAGAAGUUUAUGAUCGCAUUUCAUUUUUAUCACAUUUCUGUUUAUGUGUAAAAUAUUUUGUUGUGUUUAUUUUAUUAGCCAUAUAAACAAAUUAAGGUUACAAAAAUGUUUAAAUAGUUGUGAAAAAUUAGUUCUUUUUCGAUAAAUAGUAUUUUUUAUUUGUUUUAUCAAAAUAAUUUCAUUAAAUAAGGUAGCAGUCAGCAACAAACGGUUAGAAAUAUGUUGUGUGAGAAGAAGGACACACAGUCUGGGAGUUCACAGAUUAUUCUGAAAACGAUUGUCAGUCAAACUCUUGAUGCUAGUGUGAAGGCUCCUGAAAUCCAAGAUUUUAAUAUUUUAAAACCUAUAAGCAGAGGGGCAUAUGGGAAAGUAUUUUUAGGAAUGAAGAAAGCCCAUCCUGAACAAAUGUACGCUAUUAAAGUAAUGAAAAAGUGUGAGAUGAUAAAUAAGAAUAUGGUCAGUCAAGUGGUAAAUGAAAGAAAUGCAUUGGCAUUAUCGAGGAGUCCAUUUUGUGUGCAAUUGUUCUAUUCACUGCAGACUGCAUCAUGUAUAUAUCUAGUGAUGGAAUACAUGGUUGGUGGAGAUUUGAAGUCCCUUCUCAGCCGUUAUGGGUUCUUUGAUGAAGAUAUGGCCACAUUCUAUAUUGCAGAAGUUGUCUUGGCUCUUUUGUAUCUUCACAGUCAUGGGAUCGUGCACAGAGAUCUGAAACCUGACAACAUGCUCCUGGCUCAGUCUGGUCACCUCAAACUGACGGACUUCGGGCUGAGCAAGAUCUCACUUCAUAGAGACUUGGAGAUAGAGGAUCUGGUAAAUGGGACACCUUACCAGGGCACUUCUCGUACUCCUGGUCAGCUCUUGUCUCUCACUUCUCAUCUGUCAUUUGGUUCCAAUGGAGGCACGCCCAGUAAGACAAACGUAACGGUGCGCCAGAAUGAAUCUCGCCUGUCAGGCAUCAGCCCGUUCCAGUCAGCAGAGCACUAUCUACGCCAUGACGAGACCUCCUUGUCCUACCACACUUGUGAGGAGUGUUCCACCGGUCAUUGUAGCCACGAGAGUAAAGAGAACACUGUGUGGACACCAUCACCUCUCUCACGCUCCAGAUCGUUUAAGCGGCCAGGGUCACGUCGGAAGCGCAAGCGGAUGGAACACUUAGAUGGACUCUUCAAUGACUCAACACCUCCUGCAGCCCUGUCCAGUAACCUGACACAGGACAUCAAUGCUCUCGACCUCACUGACGGACCGGAUCACAGCCCCAAACGUUUCAAUGCUAGGCUCAGUCCAACACUCAAGAGCGUGCUGAAACCCAGAUUCCAUUCUGAUGAGGAUACCAGGCCCAGUGUUAUGUUCUCCACCCCUGUCUCAGCCAACGCCCGUUGCCAGUCUGACUCCACAGCACUCACCAAAAUCACAAGGUUUGCUCUACCAGAACUGGAUGCAUCACAUAUUGAAGAAAUUGGAGUGAGCCCCAUAGCCACGCCACAUCCUAAUCAGCGCAUGUCACUAUCCAGCCACACACCUUUCCGCACUCCCAAAUCUGUGCGGCGUGGCAAGCCCUCCUCAGAUCAGCGUAUUCUCGGUACGCCAGAUUACCUGGCUCCAGAACUGCUUCUUCGACAAGGCGACGGACCCAGUGUAGACUGGUGGGCCUUGGGGGUCUGCAUGUAUGAAUUCAUGACUGGUGUGUUGCCAUUCAAUGACGAGACCCCUCAAGCUGUCUUCAACAAUAUUUUACAGAGAGAGUUAGAGUGGCCAGAUGGUGAUGAAGCUCUCUCACAGACAGCAUUCGAUGCUAUCAACAGCUUGCUGACGCUGGAUCCCCUGCAACGACCUUCCGGUGAGGUGGUCAAGCUGCUUCCACACUUCACCACUAUAGACUGGGAUCACCUGCUGGAAACUACACCUCCCUUCAUCCCUCAACCAGAGAGUCUGGGUGAUACUAGUUACUUUCAGGCUCGGAAUAUUCUGCAGCACCUCAAUAUGUCCAACUUUGAGAUGUAGAACGUUGUAAUGUAACUUAAGGAGAAACCGGUGUUGUACAUAAUAGUUAAUAGAAAGUAUUUUGAAUGAAA